AUGGAGACGUCCACCCCACGGCCCCCAACCGCUCCGGCUACCGGUUCCGCCAAUAUAGAGACGUCCGCCGGCGCGGAUGACACCAUUGUUCGCCUCCCAGCGACUCCAGCUACCAAUCCUACCAGCAUAGAGACGUCCGCCAGCACAGAUGACACUACUACCAGCUUAUCCGUAAAAUUCUGGGAGGAUGCCUAUAAUGAAUUCAAAAAAGAAGAGACCGAAUUGGUAAACGCAUAUGAGAAGAUGCUGUCCCGACAGCUACAAAGUGGCUCCAACUCAAUGAUGCUCGAGUCUCAGCCAAAUAUCAAGUCUCAGCCGAACAUCAUCGCCCAAAACAACUUGGACAGACGCCGCCAAAUGAUGCAGCUUAUCAAUGCCGGCCUAGCCAAGACUGAGAGGGAGGCCAAAGUGAAAGAGAGCUGUGGCGGAGUCGUGGACGUUGUUCUAUCUGUUAAGAAAAUUAUAAGUGAGGCAAUCCAGACUGUGCCCCAAGCUGCGCUUCCAUGGACCGGUAUUUGUAUUGCUCUAGAGAUGCUUGCCAACCCUAUAAAAGCGACCGAAGCUAACCGCAAAGGGAUCGACUACGUUGUUAAGAGAAUGGACUGGCAUUGGAAUUCGUCGAAAAGCCUUCUCAAGCUCACCAACAUCAGCGAACUCGAUGGAAUGAGAGGCGAAUUGAAGAUCCAAAUUGUUGGCCUCUACAAAGCGUUCCUCUCUUACCAGAUUAAGAGUGUUUGUGCUUAUUAUCGCACCCGCGGCCUAGCCUUUCUCCGAGAUAUAGUCAAGCUUGACGACUGGGAUGCUGAUUUGGGGGCUAUCCAAGACGCCGAGAAGCGUUUCGACACAGAUGUCCAAACAUACACCACCCAGAAAGGGGCGUCGCAUCUCGAGCAGCUU